AUGAGUAAAGUAAAUAAAUUCCCUUUAUACCAAUUCCUCUCUCUCUCUCUCUUGUUGUGCAAAGCUUUGUUCUCUCUCUCCCUCCCCUUCCCUGUUGUGCUGAGCUUGUCUCUCUCACCUUCCCUUGUGCUGAGCUUUUCUCUUCAGGAUACCAUUAUACCUAGUUCUAACUUUGUUCGUAUGUGGAGUAAUGAUCCAGACCAGUUUGUAGAAGAUGAAGAUGAUGACACAUUCUCUUAUUCGGUGAGGAUAUCAGCUCAGGAUUUGCUCUUGUCUUUAGCAACAGAGUUUCCUAAUGAAAGUGCUCCAGCUUUGUGCCAUGCAUUCACACAACACAUACAACAAGCAGAGAUGGACAAAAAUGCUGGAAACCCUCAUUGGUGGAAAAUUCACGAGUCUUGUCUUUUAGCUUUGGGAAGUGUACGAAAUUUAUUUGUGGACCAUUUAAAAAAAGGAAAGUUACAAUUUGAUAUUAAACACUUCAUUGAAUCUGUGAUUUUAGCAGAUAUGACUGCUGGUUCAGUCUCACCAUUUUUGAUUGGUCGCUGUCUUUGGACUGGUAGUCGGUUUGCAGCCGUAAUGGAUCCUGAGAUAAUGGAAAAAUUUUUGCAAGCUACAAUGACAGGUCUUCACCCCACUCAACCUGCUAGUGUGAGAAUAUCUGCUGUCAGAGCUGUAUUUGGCUUUUGUGAAUACUUAAAAAAUUGUGGUACAACCCAGAUUUUGUUCAACUUUCUCCCAAACAUCAUGGAAGGUCUUCUCUCUAUUACCACUCAGUUUUCAUCUAAUGUUUUAGCCCUUAGUCUGGAAACUUUGAUUGUUGUCUUAGCCAUUGAUGACAAUUUCACAGCGAGUGUUGAAGCUAAAGUUACUCCACUUACCAUUGCAGUCUUCCUUAAAUACAGUAGUGAUCCUUUAAUUGUCAGUUUAGUAGAAGAUAUGAUCACACAAAUGGCAAUGUGGGGCAGGCCGUUUCUGCCUGGUGCUCUGUCUCAGUGGUAUGGUCUCAAGCGCUUCCUCAGUGGUGCUCUCUUCAGAUGUCUCGCUGAGCUCAUCCCGCAUAGGUUCAUCAGGCAUGCUACUCUCUGA